AUGGCCUUCAUCGGCUCGUGCGGGUACGGGAACCUCUACAGCCAGGGGUACGACACGAACACCGCCGCGCUUAGGGGUGUAACCGCGCUGACCACGGCCCUGUUCAACAACGGCCUCAACUGUGGCUCUUGCCACGAGAUCCGGUGCGCCAGCGAGAAGCAGUGGUGCCUCCCCAGUUCAAUCACGGUGACCGCCACCAACUUCUGCCCGCCGAACAACGCCCUUCCCAACAAUACCAGCGGCUGGUGCAACCCUCUCCUCCACCACUUCGACCUCUCUCAGCCCGUCUUCCAGCACAUCGCUCAGUACAAAGCCGGAAUCGUCCCCGUUUAUUGCCGAAGGGUGGCCUGCAACAGGAAGGGCGGGAUAAGGUUCACCAUUACCGUGCCUUCGCCUCCAGUUUCGACCUCCGGCAACAACAGCGAAAGUCGUCGCCGCUUUCCCUCUCUCUUCCCGACUCUCUCUCUCGCCUCUCCUCACAGAUCAAAAUAG